UUUACUUUUACUUAGUUAGAACUGUACAAUGUUCCAGAUUACAUUGCAAUCAUAUAGGUAACAAAUAAUAAUGACAGCUACCUGUCAUAAUGUCAUCAUGGUUUGGAAGUGAUGUUAAAAAGUGGACACAUUUUUUUAAAUUUUAACUGCCAUAUGAAUUUUAGUGUUUUGAUACAAAGCUUUAAUUAAUCUGUUGAAAAUCAGUGUUUAAAUAUUGCAUAUUAAUUUUGAACAUCAAUUUAUUUAUGUUUUUUAACAAACAAUCUUAAUACUGACGUCCUGAGUAGUAAAUAUUUAUUAUUAUGGAUUAUAUUGUAAGAUCGUUAUAUUUAUUGACCGUCUUUUUAAUAUUUUCAACGUUUCGUGGACCAUGGAUGCAACCGGCGGAAAGUGCAAACAUUUUGGCAAUAGAAACGAUUGCGGGGAAAAGCCACUGGAACUUUUUUAGUUCGGUAUUAAGAUCGUUGACGGAUAAAGGGCAUCAUGUCACUGUGUUCACACCAAUCACAGAAGGUAACCGUGAAAACUAUACAGAAAUCGAUACGUCCGGUGAUUUACCAAAGAAACGUGAGAUAGGUUUGACGGACAUGAUGAAGGUGUUCGGCGAUCCAAUCAAGACUCUAUGGUUCGGUCCAGGUAUAGCGAGAUCCUAUUGCGAUAUUAUUCACGGAAACGAACGAUUGAAAGACAUUUUGGAAGGCUUCGUUCAUACCGAUUUCGACGUGAUCCUUAUCGAACCUGUCUGGUUGGACUGCAUGUCAUAUGUGGCUACUAAAUUGAAUUUGCCUAUGAUAUAUUUAGUACCGCAGUCGAUGGUCACCUUUUUGGAGUAUUCUUACCUCGGACAUGUACCUAAUCCCGCGUCGGUUUCAAAUUUUAUGGCUGACCAUGGUGUCCCUAAAACGUUCGUCCAACGAUUCACCAAUACUGCCUUGUUGUCGUACAGCUUAUUGACAUUCAGUUGCUUCGAGUUUCUACUCAAGUACAGAGAACCUAAACCGUACGAUGUUUUGAGGCCUGUACGACCUUCCGUGAUGUUUGUAAACAGUCAUUAUAUUACUGAAGCAUCGAGACCUUUUUUUUCAAAUUUUGUUUCUGUGGGCGGUAUCCAUUUGAACGCGGUGCAGAAUAUUCCAAAUGAUAUACUGGAGUUCAUUGAGAACUCACCACAUGGAGUAAUUUAUUUUACGUUUGGCUCUGUCGUAUCAAUGUCAACUUUACCCGACCAUAUUCAGAACGCAUUUAAAGAAGCUUUCGCACAAGUACCUCUGAGGGUAUUAUGGAAAUACGAAGGAGAAAUGAAAGAUAAACCAAUAAAUGUAAUGACAAGUAAAUGGUUUCCUCAGCGUGAUAUACUUAUGCAUCCGAAUGUAAAACUAUUCAUUAGUCACGGAGGUAUAUCUGGUGUAUAUGAAGCUGUAGAUGCAGGCGUCCCUGUUCUUGGAUUCCCUCUCUUCUACGAUCAACCUAGAAACAUUGAUAACUUAGUUGAAGCAGGAAUGGGGAUUUCUAUGGAUCUAUUAACAUUACAAAAAGAUGAAUUGUUAACAAAUAUUUUAGAACUCAUUAAUAAUGAAAAAUACAUGAAAAAUGCUAAAAUCGUUUCUGAUAGAUUUAAAGACCGACCGAUGUCACCAGCAGAAUCAGUUGUUUACUGGACAGAGUACGUCAUUCGUCAUAAAGGCGCACCACAUUUAAAAUCUCACGCUUUUAAUUUGACGUGGUAUCAAUACUUUUUAUUGGAUGUUAUUUUUGUUAUAUUCAUUUUUAUUUCCUUUGUUAUUUUCAUUAUUUACAAACUUUUUAAAACUAUUUAUUACUACUUUCUAAAAUAUUCACAAACCAUCAAACCAAAGUUACAAUAAUUUAAGUGCUGUCUACCAUAAUAUUAUUAAGCUAUUCGAGUAUGUAAUAAACUGAAUAAACUAUAUUAUCACAUUGAUAGCUAUAAAAUAAUAAAUAAAUAUGUAAUUUAAAGACAUCUUAUUACCUACAUAAAAAA